GGCUGCCGCGCGCUCUCAUUCCUCUUACCCCUCUCUUCUCCAGCGGACUCGUUUCUUUCCUCUACUCACUAUAUUCAAAUAACCGGGGAAACAGCCAGGAAGCAUCUCGCUAAGGCUUGACCAUUCUAAGCAGUCAUCCUUCACGUUCCUCACGGAGAGAGAUUGCAAUGCUUCAGACACGGGAUCUCAUCUGGACCGUUCUGCUCUUUGGACAUGCAGUCUCACUGCAGGUGGAGAUUACACCACCCCAUGGAGAAAUAAGCGUCGGAGAAUCCAAGUUCUUUUUAUGUGAAGUGGUCGGUGAAGUGAAUGACAUCGACUGGUUUGCUCCCAAUGGAGACAAGCUGCUGCCAAACAGACAGGACAUCAGCGUCAAUCGUAAUGAUGACACCUCGUCUACACUCACCAUCUACAGCGCUACUGUGGACAACGCAGGCAUAUACAAAUGUGUGGCCAAGAGCGGGGACAAGGAAGCCGAGGCCACGGUCAACGUCAAGAUCUACCAAAAACUCACUUUCCAGAACGCUCCGUCUCCACAGGAGUUUAACGAGGGGGAUGAUGCUGUCAUCGUGUGUGAUGUCAUCAGCUCUCCACCACCUACAAUUAUCUGGAAAUACCAGAGAACCAAGAUUCAGCCUGAAAAAGACGUGCGCUUCAAGAUCCUCAGCAACAACCACCUCCAAAUCCGCAGCAUCAAAAAGUCAGACGAGGGCGACUACACCUGCGAGGGUCGCAUCAUGGCUCGGGGAGAGAUCGACCUCCGGGUCAUUAAGGUCAUCAUCAAUGUCCUACCCAGUAUUAGGACCCGUAACACUCAGCUCAAUGCCACUGCGGACAUCGGGGCGGCUGUGACUCUGGCGUGUUAUGCAGAUGGCUACCCAGAGCCCAUAGUCACAUGGAUGCGUAAUAAAGUAGAGUUGGUGGCCAAUGAGAAAUACAGCCUAAAUGAUGACGGCUCAGAGCUGACAAUCAAAGGCGUGAAGAAGCUGGACGAUGGAGAUUAUACCUGCAUCGCCCGCAAUAAAGCAGGAGAGAAGCAGGAGGAGAUCACCCUCAAGGUGUUUGUGCAACCGAAAAUCACGUACCUGAAGAACCUGACAGCCUCAGAACUAGAAGAGCAGACUGUCCUGACCUGCGAGGCUACGGGCGACCCCACUCCCAGCAUCGUGUGGAGCUUCGGCAGACGCAUCUUUAGCGAGGAAGAGCAGAGUCUAGACACAAAUGUGAUUGUGCACAGUGAUGCCCGCGUGUCCUCUCUCACACUAAAGUACGUUCAGCACACAGACGCCGGCCAGUACCUGUGCACUGCCCGCAACUCCAUCGGCCAAGACAUCCAGAGCAUGUACCUGGAAGUGCGCUAUGCUCCAAAGAUCCAGGACACAGUGGCAAAGUUGACAUGGGAAGGAAAUGCUGCUAAUCUCACCUGUGAGACUUUAGCUCAUCCAAGUGCAUCGGUGCAAUGGUUUCGCGAUGGACUACCGCUACCUGCAGUGAACACCACCAAUGUCAAGAUCUACAGCACACAUACCAUGAGCUAUCUGGAGGUCACCCCUGAAUCCCAGAGUGACUUCGGGAGCUACAACUGCACAGCCACCAAUGUACUUGGCAGUGACUCGAAGGAGUUUAUGUUAAUCGCAGCAGACGUGCCAUCGGCUCCAGUUAUUGAUCGGGUUGAACCGUACCCCAGCACAGCCAUGGUGGAGUUUGAUGAGCCCGAGUCAGAUGGAGGAGUCCCUAUACUCAAGUACAGGGCUGAGUGGAGGACAAAGGGUCAAGACUGGGUUAGCAAAGUGUACAGCGUGGAGGAGGGGAUCAGCUCCAUCAUCAUUGUCGGGCUCAAGCCAGAGACUGAAUACGAGGUCAUGAUGUCCGCUAUCAACGGCAAGGGUGAAGGAGAAAGUUGUCCUCCAGAGACUUUUAGAACACUUCCUGUCACCUAUACUUUUACAAUGUCUUCAGUGACCCCAACCUCAAAUCCUCCAACCACUGCAGCCCUUAGGGAACCGAAUCCUCCAAAACUGGAGGCCAAGCUGCAGUCCCCAGGCAAUGAGAUGAAGGUCAUCUGGACCAAGCAGGAUGAUGGUGGCUCACCCAUUAAACAGUACCUACUGAGCUAUAGACCUAAACACCACAACAAUUGGAAGACUGUGAUCCGUGUACCUAAUGGUGGUGAGUUUUAUGUGCUAAGAGGUUUGGACUGGAACACAGAGUAUGAGGUUUCUGUGGUGGCAGAGAACCAGCAAGGCCGCUCCGAGCCAGGCAUCCUCUUCGUCAGGACCUCCGCGGAACCCACUGCUAUCCCAGACCCAGUGGUCAGUGGUACAGGCCUUGGUACAGGAGCCAUCGUGGGCAUACUCAUCGUGGUUUUCCUCCUGCUGCUUGUUGGUGUGGACGUCACCUGUUACUUCCUCAACAAAUGCGGCCUGCUCAUGUGCAUCGCCGUCAACGUCUGUGGCAAGUCCGGCCCCUCCGCCAAGGGCAAGGACAUCGAAGAGGGCAAGGCAGCUUUCACUAAAGAUGAGUCUAAAGAGCCCAUAGUGGAAGUGAGGACCGAAGAAGAGCGCACCCCCAACCAUGAGGGAGGAAUCCCGACUGAACCCAAUGAGACUACCCCACUUACCGACCCUGAGCAUGCUGCUGACACCACUGCCACAGUAGUGGACUUGCUCCCCUCUUUAGCCACUAACUCAGACUCCGUCACUGACAGUCCCGCUAGUGAGAGCACCACCCUCAACUCCUGCACCACCCCUGCACCUGACCCCAAAAUCGCAGCCCCUUCUCAGACUAGCGCCCCCAAAGCCAGCAUAACUUCUCCUACCUCCCCUCCUGCUGACACACCACUGGUGGACCUCAGUGAUGGUCCCUCCUCGCAGGCUUCUCAGCCCUCUGAAACCCUCAAAUCCACUCCCUCUUCAUCCGAACCCAAAAAUGCUACAGAUGGCAUCCAAAAUACAGAUUCAGCUACAGUCUCACAGGUAGAUGGAGGAGCAUACCACGCAUCAGAUGCUGAUCUGGCCAACUCCAACUCCACCAGCGCACCAGCUGUGCCCAGCCAGGACGACGGUAAGAUUGUCGAAGACGGGAAGAGUAAAGCCCCUGAGACGAACGUGAAGAAGCCCUCUGCUGAGGUGAAGACGGUCCCCAACGAGGCCCCGCAGACAAACGGCAACGAGAGCAAAGCGUGAUCCAGAAAUCUGAGGGCAUCCGAGUUUCACCACCGCAUUGAAACAAAUGGUUUAAUUAAAAAAAGGGUUUCUUUUUUCAGUCAGUGUCUUCUAUGAGUUUGCAGAACAAGAGUUUGUAGAUUUAUAGAGCGCCUAAAGAACUCGUGCACAUGCCUUUUAUUGUUUUUGGUUUGUUUGUUUUUUUCCUUUUCUUGAAUGUUCUUUCUCGUACUGUUUUUCCUUACUCAGAUACAGCAGGAAGUUUUUUUUGUUUUUUUUUUACCUUUAGUGCACUCUACUUCAACUCUUCAGCACAAUCCCGGCUGUCUUUUACUAGGAAGAGAAGCAUAAUAUCAGUGUGAAUAGUUAGUAACGGGGAACAUUAGCUUUACUCCUGAAUAAUGCCUUUUUACUUUGUGCACACACGUGUAGUCGAUACUUUUCUCAUCUUUGAGUUAUGUACUGUUUUAUUACAUGCAGUAUUGCCCUAUUUUAUUAUUUUACACACAGAUUUUGGGGAAUAUUUUUUAACCGUUUUGUUAUGUUUAAAUAAUGUAUAAAAGUAACUGCCUUUUAUUGUUGUUUUUUUUUUGUUGUUUUUUUUUUUGUUUUUUAUAGUUUCAUUUUGAGAAUUAGAAAAAGAUUGCUCGCAUGCUUGCUUUGCAGAUUUGUCCCAUAAUGCCCCUCGGUUGUUGUUGUUUUCAUUAUAACCCUGAGUUUAUAUUUUUUAUCUUGAUGAACAUGAAGCAAAAAGCUUUCCCAUUAAAAAACAAUGAAACAAACUAAGGCAUAGUUAUAUGAUUGAGAGGCAUAGUCAGGUCACAUUCAGAUAUUCUGAUCAUUUUCUAACAACAGAAACAACCUAGUUAUCACAUCCAGCGUUUCUUUUUUUAUUAUUAUUAUUUUCUUCCUCAUUUGUAUUUUUGUGAACAUCAACUGAAAGGGAGCUUGCUGUUAUUCUCCAGAUUUCAGUCUUCUAUAGGACCAAACCGGAGUGUUUGGACAGGAAGAUCUACUGGUGCAGAGGUCACAGAUUGGAUAAUUAAUAAGCAGUCCCUCCACUGAUCAAGUCCCAAUUGAAAGCUAACAAAGAAUAAUGAAUAGUUUUUAAAAGCCUUUUGUGUAUGCAUAAUAAACAAAUGGCCAUAUUGUUUUCUUUAUUUAAGCCAUAUUAUUCCAGUUAAAACAUUGAACAGUCAAAAAAAGUAAAAAAAAAAAAAAAUUUUUUUUUCCAAUUUCUUUAGUCUGCAAGUUUGUGCACUGUGAAUGCGUGAUAUAUCCUAGUGUGAAUACAGUGUGUUCUUUGUCAUAGACUUAUGAAAUAUCCAUAGGUUGUGAAAGGUGUAGCUAUUAGUCCAGGUAAUGUUCCAUCUCCGUAAAAUGUAUAAACCAACACAAACCAAUACCAAUACACAUGAAAGCUUGUCAAGAUUCAAAGGAGAAGGUGCCUUCAAUGUUAAAAGGUAUGUAGUCUGAGUGGUUCGGUUGGUCUGUACCACUAGGGAAGUAGCAGAGGUAGUUUGGGACCAGAAUAACAUUCUUGUCUUGGGAACCGUUUUUGCUUUGUAAACUGUGAAUAUACUCGUUUCUUUUUUCAGCGUGUUUGUGUUGCGUACUUUCGGAGGUCUGAGAGUGUACAUGGGUGUGAUCAAUUUAGUAGCAAGCUCGAGACCUUCAAGACUUGCCUCUCUUUACCUGAUGCAAAACAAGAUCAUACGUUCACGAUCAGAAACGUUAGAACACCUCAUCUAGUGCCCCAGAAACAGAAAAGCUCGCCACUAUCGCAGACACGUCAUUUUCACACCUAUUGGACGAGCUGUCUGAGUCCUGUUCCAUGCUUUUCCAUUGCUGUGGUCCAGUCAAAAAUUGUAUCCACGUCCAUGACAACAAAUUUUUAAAAAGCUGAAACAAGCAUGCAAUGUAUUCUAAACUAGAUGUCAUUGGUGUCAAGGUUUGCUAGUAAAUUGUUAAAUGAAGAACAGUGACAAAAAGAUUUCCAUUGUUGUUUAUGGGUCUAAAUGAGUACUCUGUCCAGAUGUGGUCUGUUAACAUUGUCACUUUUUUUGUCAUUCUUUUACAUUACAUUAAAUUAUGAUGGCCUGUAAGUGUGAAACCAAAAAAGACAAACCAAAAAUGCAACACCAAUACCAAAAACACACCAGCAAAUUCAGAAACACACCAGUAAUCAAUACUCAGAAAAUAAAGAGUAGGUUCUUGUUGAAAAUAAAUUAAUAUUAUGUAACGUGAUGUUAUAAUGAGGAGUAAGUUUUUCUGCUGAAUAACUUUCUUUAGGUAUUUUUUCUACAUUCACGUUCUCGUAUUUAUGCUGUGCAAAAUCGUCAAAAUAAAUAAACACGGCUCAUAUUUACUCUAAACAUCCACCAGCUCUCUGUCUCAAACUGUUGCACGCUGUAGCCAAUCAGUAACCAGCAUGUAACAUUCAAUAAGAGCCUUUCCUUUUCUGUUUUGAGUCAUUGUUGAUGUUUUUCUGAAGUUGCUGUUGCAUAUUUGGUUAGUAAUAUAUUUUGCACUUAUAAGCCAAAGUAAUAGUUUGGCAAAAUAUCUGAAAUGUACACAAUUUGUACCACAAAGCCAAGAAUUUGUAUGAAAUUUGCCUCAAUCUUGGAGCCAAAAAGCUAACGUAGCUAACAAUAAGCAACAUUUUGUAGCUGCUUGUUUCUAUCUCCAUUACACACUCACCUCAGACUACACUGAACUGUUCAGUGUCUCAAACAGAUUUAUUUAUAUAGUUUCUUACAUGGUGUAAUCUAUUUAAAAACAAAAAGGUUACAAAGCUAAAGAGUCACAGCAGCAUGGCAUGUUGAAGAAUCGCUCCCUCAGGACAUAAAGCUGCAGCUUAAUUUAUGUGAAAUUGUCCAUUCAAAGUGAUUCAGAUGCUAAGAUGGUUUCAUUGUAAUACUUUUUAUGCAGAUAUACAAUAAUAUAUUUUGUGAAAAUGUUUCAUUACAAAUCAUAUUAAUGAUCCAACUCACCUGUAUGUCUUUUGAGGUGAAUGCCAAUUAGUUAAGCUUAGCUUCCAUGUUAGCUACGUUAGCCUUUAGCUCCAAUGCAAAGCAAAAGUACACCAAACAUGUCUAAAAUGAUAAACUACAUUUUUGAAGAGUGGAAAAUUGUCACUUUUUGUCCAAACUAUUCCUUUAAUGAUGAUACCAGAAACUGCACCUUGUGACAGCAUUGUGUGUUUCUCUGAUUGAAGACAUGCUGGUGAUUGAAAUGGCUUUUGACACCAUUCAAUGUGGGACCAAUAUCUAUGUGAGUUUACAUGCUAGAGGUUUACCACUGCACUCAUGUCAUUGCAGAAAAGUUUGUUUCCAACAGCUCACAUGCUGAGCCAAGUAAACAAAUCCAAAACUGUAGCUGUCUUUUGGCUAAGAGCUGACUCACACACUCUUUUGCUUCAUCAAUCACAGCUUUCCUCCCAAAACCCUCUUCACACACUCAUUCACCCAUCCAUUUUCAGCUGCAGGGGCCUUCUCACUCUUGUAUACAGAUUUUUACCACAUCAUGCACCGGUGCCACCUUCUUCCUCCACUCUGUCUCUCACUGGUGUAAAUACUGAGUAUUAACUCGAACCAUUUUGACUUUUCAUUCCGUCUGAAAUUCUUGUGUUCAAUAAAAUGGGAAACAAUAAGCUCU